GCUGAUAUCAUAUAAGCCAGUCUUACAGAAACCCUGCACGCGAGUUGCAAUUUUUAGACAACUUUUCUGCACGCCCCUACAAAAUGGCCGACGACGACCGUGAUGAGGAGGAGCAGCCGCAGGAGGACCUGAAGGACCGGCAAGGGCGUGAGGCUGCGGCGGCUAUGAAGAGCAUGGACCAGGAGGGGCCAGAGAAGGAGCAAAAGAUUGAUGCCAGCAAGGUGCAACAGGCGAUGCAGACGCUAUUCGCGGCACAGAAGGCCAGCAAGGACGCCGAGCGCGCUCGUGAGAAGGAGCUGGCCGCGGUCAAGGUGGCCAAGGAGGACAUCGACGUGCUGGCGGCCGAGUGCGAGUGCAAGGACCGCAAGGCGGCGGAGCGGGCGCUGCGGCUGGCGGGCGGCGACCUGCGCCGGGCGCUGCAGGCCUACCUGGAGGCGGGCGGCGUGCUGGCGGCGUGAGGGGCAGCAGGGUGUGUGAGGGGGGAACAGGGCUGAGGUGGAGCAGGGUGCGUGAAGGAGCAGAAGGCGGGCAGGAGAGAUGCGGUGGCUUGCAGAAGCGUGUGUUUCGUGCGUGUUGGUGGGGUGGGUGGGUGAAUGCGCGGGGGGCGUCGUUGGGAAGGGAAAGAGGUUGAGCGAGGAGGAUGUCGACGCAGAGACGGGGCCCUUCACCACGCGCGGGCGCGGACUGCUGCAGGGGCCCCUGGACUGCUGCUGCUGGGAGCAGGAGUCUUGUGUGAGCUAGCGUGUAAGCGAAGACGGUCGGGAGCCCUCUGCGGCGUGUGCAGGCAGGAAUAACUGGAAGUGUGACAGGCGUAAGGAAUUCCGGGUUGGCGCCAGACUAGCGUGGCUUGCGGUUGCUUACUGGUAGAACCGCAGCCCAGCAGCUGGAAUGUUUGUGCCAUUGUGAGGCGGAAUGCCGUGGUGGCAGCAGGAAUGCAGGAUGUUAGGAGCUCUUAGUACCGUGUGGGAAUGCCCAAGUGUGCUCUGCUUUGAUACCUACUAGGCCCCCAUGCUUGCCUAGUCCUGCAGCUGAGCCUGUCAAGCUGCACACUCUACGUACACGUUUACAAUACAACCAAAUGUAUAUGCCCGGGUGCAUGCACCGUGGUGAUACUUUGAUAAGCGACACUGCGACAUCGUUGUUACCCGCGCCGCCACCCAAGCCUGGCUGUGGUAGCACGCCACAAAUGCAGCUGUCCGAACAGCAACAGGCCUUGAAGCAUCUGAAGUAGGUGAGCUACCCUCGUCCUUAUCCAGCUGCUACGCUCGCUGUAAGUCUCUUGCUAGCUCGUCCCAGUGAUUUUGCACGCGUCGUAUUCAACUGGUCUACACUGUCAUUCACGAACGUCACUGAUCGUACAUAGAGAGCUACCGUACCGAGUGAAUCCCAAUCAAGGUAGGAUCAGCUCAAGAAACACAUGGACCCGCAGGCACGCAGCACGCCCUGGAAACAGCCCAAACGUCAGGGAGUCCAGAGACAUAGUCUGUCACAGUCAAAAGAAGUGAAAAUGCCCAUAGGCCAUCACAUUGACUAGAUACACGUGCACGGGGUAUGCCUAACCUGCCCUGGCCCCUAAACCAUGUAUCGACGUUGGAUCACAGCAAAAGAUCACAAUCCAAAAUCUUUGCCGGACCACCAGCUUAAUUCCGAAGCGCUCGCGGCUCGCCGUACCCAGCCCAGCAAACCCAAUACACCGUAGAAGCGAACAUGACGACAACACCGACACGCAGCAGAAGCAGUGUGCUGUCAGUGCGCGCAACAGCACCUAACGCACCGGCCGCGGCUGCAGCCCCAGCUGCCGGCACAGGGCGUUGCAGGUGUGUGUGGCAAAGAAGUUGUUGAUGCCGGCCUGGCCCUUGUCUGUGGCGCCGUUGCGGUGGCCGCCCGAGGCGUGGUGGACGACCGGGUCAGUCAGCGUGAAGCCGUCUGUGGAGUUCCACACACCCUGUG